AUGAUACCACGCGUUAUACAACGAACAGCUACCCACAUUGCAAGAUCGCCACGAUCACAACUCACAUUACCAUGCUAUCGUUGCAACCACUCGAAUACGUCACAAUCAGAAUCCGAUCCUGAACAAGACGACUUGUUGUCCAAGAUUCUCGACUAUAAACCACCUACAGCACCGACAGACACCUCCCAUGCAACCACAAAAUCAUCAUCCAAAUCCAAGUUUUCAUCCAAAGAGACUCGAGAUUUCGGCAAAUUAUUGGAUGCAUUAUGGAGCGAGAGUGAUAGUAAAGCCACAGUACCACAACAACAACAGCCAUCCAGUAGUGGUAGCAGUAGCAGCAGCAGCAGCAGCAGCAAGAGGAUUAAGCGUAUACAUUCAUCGAUCGAAAAACAAUUACUCGAUAUGGUACUUCGACAAAGCAAACCACACAAAGCGAAAUCACCCUUGCCACGCAGCUCGCUUGCUUCAUUUUACAAAGGCGAGAAACAGAGUCAAUCUUUACCAGCAACACCCACUUUAUCCGUCAAGUCCGAUGUGACACUGAGUGAUCGUGAUGAAGAAAAUAAGGCGAUUGAAUCGAUCUUGGCAUGCAGAUCGAGCGAUUCACUUGUACAUUUCAUGAAGAGGCAAUUGGAAAAGUGCAAUACGACUGAUGAGAAUGGCUAUCCACGACCUUUGCCUCGGUAUUAUGAUCGAUUAAUCGAACGAGCUGUCAAUCAUGCAAGUAUGACAUUGAAGGAACCUUAUUUGGCAGUGGCGAUCUUUGAGCAAGUCAAGGCGAGCAGCAUUGAGAGCUAUGUAUCAGGCUGUACGACGCAAGUGUACAAUGAAUUGCUAUCGGUGCGAUGGAAGGCAUGGCGAGACAUACAUGGAAUGAUGACACUUGUUGAAGAGAUGAUGUCUAAUGGCAUUGGCUAUGACGGCAAUACAAGAAGGAUUAUACAAAUGGUGAUGAAUGAAGUUGAAACGGAGAUGGAUCUUGACAAAGAAAAGCAUGGAUUUGUAUGGAGUAUGGAUGAAAGAAGAUCAGUGAAUAUAAUGAAAGCGUUGGUUAGCAAAUGGUCAAUAAAAGGAUGA